AUGAAAACUCUAUUUUCGAAUAAUAGGCGGGAAGUUGAAAAGAGUAAUGAUAUAAAUAUUGAUUCGGAUAAAUGUGACAAAAUGGAAGACCGUGAAACAAGCGUUGCGAGCACAAGUACAGCGGAACAUGAAAGUUUAGUCAAUGACAGAUUUAUUAAUAAUGAUGUAGAAGAUGAUUUCGAGAGAAGUGAGGGUGAGGAAGUGAUAAACAAUGAUGAUGAUGAGGAGAGUGACGGAGAUGAGGAGAGUGAAAGAUAUGAGGAGAAUGACAAUGAAAACUCAAAAAAAAAGAUGACUUUAAAAGAAAAGAUCAUCGGAAAAAUCAAAAAAGCUAUCAAGAGGUAUGAGAAUAAUAAAAGUAAGGAACGUAGUAGAGUGGUCGAGAGUGCAGAUUUAAAUGAAACGGUCGAGAGGGAAGAAGUUAACGAACGUGAAAAUAUUGAUCUAGAUUUGAAUGAGAACGAAGAAAUAAUUACAAAAAAACAAAAAAAAAUUGAUGAUUUUUCAAAAUCUACCGGUCUAAAUAGAUCUGAACCGUAUACGAAAUCUAAGUUUGAAUCAAGACAAAGUACACGUGGAAAAAAACGAAAAAUUGAUCACACAAAUGAAAAAAUUGAAAAUAUCAUAUUAGUGAGAAGGAACACUGACAGCGCUGGAGGAUGGACGAUGAAAAAACGAAAUUAA